AUGCCGGAACACAAUGGGCUUGCGGAACGGAGACAUCGACAUAUUGUCGAAACGGGACUUGCUCUCUUGUCUCAUGCUUCUAUGCCUCGGUCAUAUUGGACAUAUGCCUUUGCAACGGCUGUGUACUUAAUAAACCGUAACUUAACCACAGAGGAGUCCUCCGCUGAGAUUGAUCUUCCUCAAUCAUCAUAUCCAGCAGUAAUGUCUAUUCCCAUCACCACUCAGCCGCCAAUACCGCCACCAAUUACUCACACUGUUCCUCCGCCACCGAUACCACCAACAGAGACCAACACCCCUGUUUCUCCGAUUGCCCCAGCUCCACCGUUAUUGGAAGCAUCGGUGUCCGAGGAGCGUACUACGACUGAGUCGAGUGAGAAAUCUGUCUCAACAUCAGCUCCAACAGAGAAUGUUGUGUUGCAACAAGCUCCUCCUCAGCCUCUGGUUCAGUUACGUACAAGUACAAGACAGCGAAAACCAGUCAACAAACUCAAUCUUCGAGCAGCUGUACUACCAUUGACAGAAUAUAUCCCCACCUCAGUUGCUGAAGCCUUAAAGGAUCCACGAUGGUGUUCUACAUGGAUCUUUACAAUUAAACGUUUACCUAAUGGUGCUGUUGACAGGUUUAAGGCGAGACUUGUGGCUCAAGGUUUUUCCCAACGUCGAGGAAUUGAUUUCCAUGACACUUUCAGCCCGGUCGUGAAGCCUGCAACGAUACGUAUUGUGCUGAGUGUUGCAGUCACACGUGAUUGGCCUCUUCGUCAACUUGACGUGAACAAUGCCUUUUUACAAGGGAAGCUUGAUGAAGAGGUUUAUAUGGCACAACCACCAGGAUUUGCAUCACCAGAGAAUCCGACUGCUGUUUGGAAGUUGAAUAAAGCGGUCUAUGGUCUUAAACAAGCCCCUAGGGCUUGGUACAAUGAACUCCGCACGUUCCUUCUUCAAUACGGCUUCCACAACUCUCUGUCUGAUGCGUCCCUGUUUAUCUACAAUCAUGGAGGCGUCUGUCUCUAUAUGUUGGUCUAUGUUGAUGACAUGGUCAUUACGGGCAACAAUGUCGACCACCUCAACAAAUUUUUCAACUCUCUCUCCUCUCGUUUUUCUCUUAAAGAUUUGGGGGAACUAUCUUAUUUUCUAGGUAUAGAAGUUCAACGCUCUCUCUCUGGACUCUUACUCACACAAACUCGUUAUAUUGCAGAUUUGCUGCAUCGGACUAAGAUGACUGAUGCGAAACCGGUGCCGACGCCGAUGUGUCCGACCACAAAGCUUACUCUAACAAGUGGUGAUCCUCUUCCUGAUGCUAAGGAGUUUCGUGCAGUCAUUGGGAGCUUGCAGUAUCUCUCUUUGACGAGACCGGAUAUAUCAUUUGCUGUUAACAAGCUGUCGCAGUUCAUGCAUAAACCAACAACGGAUCAUUGGCAUGCCGCCAAACGGGUUCUUCGUUACCUCGCUGGUACUAUACAUCGUGGUCUCUUCCUUCCGGCGAGAAAUGCUCUCUCACUUCAUGCUUUUACGGAUGCUGAUUGGGGAGGCGAUGGUGAUGAUUACUCAUCCACUGGUGCCUACAUUGUCUAUAUUGGUCGCCAUCCGAUUGCUUGGUCUUCGAAAAAGCAAAAGGGUGUUUCAAGAUCUUCCACCGAAGCAGAGUAUCCCUCUGUUGCUGCAACAACUGCGGAAAUGUGCUGGGUCUUAUCUCUUCUACGAGAGAUUGGAAUCAAACCUACAUCAACACCAGCCAUUUAUUGUGACAACAAAGGAGCGACCUACCUUAGUGCUAAUCCUGUCUUCCAUUCAAGGAUGAAACAUCUUGCAUUGGACUAUCACUUUGUUCGUGAACGAGUUCAAGAUGGCACUAUUCGAGUUCAACAUGUUUCAUCUGACGAUCAGCUUGCAGACCUCCUCACCAAACCGGUUACUCGAGCUCACUUCCAAGAUAUGUGUCGCAAGAUCGGACUCACCAAGGGUGCUCCGUCUUGA